AUGCCAAACACUUUGCCACCUAGGAUAGUCUAUAUUUGUAUUUCAUUCAGUUAUCUCAUAUUUCCAGUAAAAAAACUCUUCGCUUUGGGGUUUUGGAAUAAUCUUCAGGAAGUUGGUGACGAGUUAGUAGAACUUAUAGAAAUUGUAGAAAAUAGCCCCUACGGAAUUACAAAGAGCGAGAAUAAGGAAGCCGGCAAACUUAGUGCUUCAUGGUAUUUCAGUAGAAAGGAAAUAGAAGAGAAUUCUCCGUCUAAGAGGGAUGGCAUUGAUUUAAAGAAAGAGAGUUACCUUCGGAAAUCGUAUUGCACUUAUCUACAAGAUUUGGGGAUGCGGCUCAAAGUGUAA